CAUUAAAAAAGAAAAAAAAAAUGGUAACUUAAAGAGGGUAAAAUAGUCUAAUCAAAAUUUUUAUCAACCAAAGCAUUUUUCAUGUUCAUUUGCACUGGAUCGCUACACCCUUCCCUAGUUCCCUCUCUUUCCUCCGUUGAAGAGUCUUCUGAGCUUUCUCUCCUCCAUUGAAGCGUAUUCCGAGGUCAAGAUUGUGCCAAUGGACAAUAUUGUAGAUGCCCUAAAUUCUGCAUAUCAAGAAUUUCUUUCUGCUGCUGCUGGGGUCUUAGAGGCACAAGAAGCAUCUGAAAGUUACAAAACACCAAUUACAGAUACUGCCCUGGAGAGCUUUAAACAGCGGUGGGAACUAUUUAGGGUGGCUUGUGAUCAAGCUGAGGAGUUUGUAGAGUCUGUUAAGCUGAGAAUAGGAUCAGAGUGUUUGGUGGAUGAGGCCACUGGCUCAGUGGCUGGGAAGCCUGGCCAGGCUAUUGCUGGUCUUCCACCCAUAAGUGCUGUAAGGUUAGAACAAAUGAGUAAAGCAGUGAGAUGGCUUGUGAUUGAAUUGCAGCAGGGUUCUGGAAGCAGUGGUGGGUCGUCCCACCCCAACUCUUCUGCUCCUUUUGAUGCUAGGUUCACAGAGGAUACUGCUCAAUAGAUCGAAGAAGACACAAAUGUUUUCACAAGUGAGGUCAUGGUGUUUGUAGGACUCAACAAAUACACUGCAGUUGAGACAUCAGCCCUUUGGUUUGUGCUGAAUUUUGUUAGAUAUGCUGGGAAGAAUUUGCAGGUUAAUACAGGAAGAUCUCACAUAACUUAGUAGUGUCUAUAGGUUGUAUUACAAAAAUUGCAAUAGCUUUUGCAGUAUGUGUAUUAUUUUUCUUAACUAUUUGUGGGGAAACAAUUAUGAAGUUGAAACUAUACUGAAUUACUGAUUAUAAUCUGACAUGACUUGCUUAAUUA